GUAUCAGAAUAAAAGUGACAGCUCCCAAAAAAUUCGAUAUCAAAAAUGACGUGGAGAAAUAGGUUAUGAGUUUGUGUAUUAAUUUAUUUACAAUUAAUAUUAAUUGAACUAGUAGUGAUAUAAAUUUUAGACCCAUCUUAGUUAUAUAACACACAAAAUGAUUGAUAUAACGGAUACCCAGAAAAUCGGCGUCGGCCUGGCCGGCUUCGGUAUGACGUUCCUCUUUCUGGGCGUGUUACUGUUGUUUGACAAGGGAUUAUUGGCCAUUGGUAAUAUCCUGUUCAUCAGUGGCCUGGCUUGCGUCAUCGGUCUCCAGCGGACGUUCUUCUUCUUCUUCCAGCGGCACAAAGUGAAGGCCACGGUGGCCUUCUUCGGAGGCAUACUUAUAGUACUGGCCGGAUGGCCCAUGAUCGGGAUGGUGGCUGAGAUUUACGGGUUCCUUUUGCUGUUCAGAGGAUUCCUUCCCGCCGCUGUGAACUUCCUAAGAAUGGUUCCUAUAUUAGGGACCAUCCUCAAUCUGCCAUUCAUUGGUUCGAUGGUGAACAAAAUAGCCGGCGACAACGGCAGAAAUAUGGACGAGCAUUCGGCAUGACCUGAAAAAAAAAAACGACAACUCCUGACUGACAUUAACCUAACUA